UGUUGUUGCCAUGGUUAUACAAACAAAGAACGAUCAGGGCGUCAAGCUGUAGCGGACCUCCACUUUCAUGGAGUAAUUUACAGAGUUAGCAGUAAAAAAACUGUUUACUUCUAUGUUUGAUCGGGCUUGGAGCAUCAUGUUUUACCCACAGUCUCACAGGAAGGCAGGGAUGCCAAGAGAAGUGUUGAAGUGGCUGCAGAGCCUCGAGCUGUCAGUUUAUCUGAAGAAUGUGCGCAGAGACUUUUCUAACGGUUUCCUUGUGGCAGAGAUAUUGUCUCGUUAUUACCCCCAAGAAUUUCCAGCGCAUGCAUAUGACAACGGAACAUCACUGGCUUCCAAACAGAGGAACUGGAGACAGAUAGAGAGGUCUUUACAGAAGCAGAAUCUGCACUUGAUGAAAGACCUCAUUGAUAGAAGCAUCCACUGCAAACCAGGAGCAGCUGAGCUGUUGGUGCAGGAGGUCUACACUCUUCUAACUAAUCAGAGUAUCAGAGGUGUGCAGGGUCCACAGUCAGACUUCACUGAUGAGGAGUACCAGGAGCUUCUGCCCGCAGUGGCCCGCUCCACAGCCUCCAGAGCAAUCAAGAACAACCUGAGGAUAACGGAGAUCAUGGCCGAGCCCGACAUCAGCACCAACCAGAGGAAGACAGAAGCCAUCCUGCAGAGGCACCUGGAGCACAAGGCUGCAGAGAGGGUUAACAACCCUGGACGAUUUAAAGGGAGAGCUAAUCUGGAUCGGCUGGCAUCCAGAAAUCUUGUGCCAUCAGGCCGCAGAGAUGAGUGCUUUGCCAAAUCUGGAGGCACUACAUCAAAGUUGUGCUCCUCAUCAACAUGCAGAGGAGCUGCUGUUUCCUUUAAGGAGAUAAAGGUGCACCAGCCUGUCAGACAUUCCCUAAUUAACAAUUAAAGGAACUAGAUGGAGAACAUUGCUAAAUGAUUUUACUAUUUUGUGUGUGUCAUUUAGUAUAUGGAUGUGUUUUUUCAAAAGUUUAGCCUGUUUUGAUUGUUAUACCUCACAAAUUACUGGACUGUAAUUUGUUGCAAAAGACAGAGGACGUCACUGUCUGUCAUGGUUUAUGUACAGGGGAGCACAUAACUGGUAUGCAGGUACGCAUGCGCGGCAAAAAUCUGAAAUGCGUAACCUCACUUGUGUCACUACGCGCCUUUGCGUACCUGAUAGGUCAUCAAAACAAAACACAUAUUUCGUCUACACGUGUUUCUUGUCAACACUCAAUGGAGUAAACUACUAGACAUGUCCAAAAAAACAAAAGACAUUAAGCACUUUGGCAUUUUGCUCCCUGCAAAAAAUAGUCAGACUUUCUUGGACUGAUUGAACUAGGUGCUGGCCGAGCCGCGCAGGCCAUAACCGACGGACCUGUGAAGCUUUACAGGAGGCAGAGGCUUAGAUCACUGGACGACAGAGUUGGUGCCGUGUGCACAGACAGGGUUAACGUUGGUAUGAACAACAGAAUUGUACCAAAACUCCGCCAACUGGCUGCAGUGGGAGACUCCCCUGUGCACAUUCUGUGCCCUGCGCACACACUGGAGAACUAGGCAAACUCAGCUGAUCACAACGUUCACGUUCUGUGGUCAAGCUGCUGCAGUUUGAUUUACAACAAGGUGGAGCAAAACGCAGCUGCUAACUUACUCAGGGUGUUAAUGGAAGAGUUUGAAAUCAGACAGAGGUGGAAUAAGUACUCAGAUCUUGUGUAGGAAUACUCUGUUACAGUAAAAGUCCUGCAUUCAAAAAGUGACUC